AUGGAGGACAAGAAUGCUAGAGGUGGAAGGGCAAAGGAUCUGACAGAGUUCCUGCUGGACAGAGCACCACCCGGUGACACCACCACAGCGGCAAUGCCACCACCUCUGUUGACUGUGCUCCCUUCGGGCAGGACCCAGGGCUGGCAGUGGAGACACAGGGUGAAGAUGCAGCUGCUACUCCUCCUUGGGGUAGCCGCAAGCAGAUGUCUGCAUGACGAGACCCAGAAGUCUGUGCGCCUUCUCGGGCCCCACUUCUCCCACGCGCCCAUACACUUCCGCUCCUCGAUCCUUCCUCUCCCUGGCUCCCACGAUCCUCAACCCCUUAGAAUCCAGACCUACUAUACAAGAGAUCCCGUAUCCAACGAAGCUUGGGCUCCUGAUGCGGAUGAAAUGAGAGGGGCAUCUCGAGCCCUGGCUGCACUGAGAGAGACCACUCGAAGAAUUCAGAGUAUCCUUGCAGUCACCCCAGUACAAGGAUCUCUGCUUCUGAGUCGGGACCCCACACGAUACUGCCAUGCCAUCUGGGGAGACCCAGACACUCCAAACUACCACAGGUGUAGCCUCUUGAACCCAGGAUACCAAGGAGAGAGUUGCCUCGGGGCAAAGAUACCCGAUGCUCACCUGCGCGGUUAUUCCGUGUGGCCAGAGCAUGGUCUGCCCCAGCUGAUCCAACCAGACGGCCCUGGUGUCCAAAACACUGAUUUUCUCCUGUAUGUGCGGGUCGCCCACACUUCCAAGUGUCACAAAGAGCCCUCUGUCCUAGCUUACGCCGCCUGCUGCCAGCUGGACUCAGAAGACAGGCCCCUCGCUGGCACCAUUGUCUACUGUGCCCAACAUCUCACCAGCCCCAGCCUCAGCCUCAGUGACAUUGUCAUGGGUACGCUACAUGAGCUGCUCCACACACUGGGUUUUUCUGGAGAGCUCUUCAAGAAAUGGCGGGAUUGCCCCUCAGAACUCAGUGCCAGAGAGAACUGUUCUACAAGGAAACAAGUGACAAGACGAGAUGCGUGGGGACAACUGCUCCUCAGCACCCCAGCUGUUAGCCACAGCCUAGCCAAGCACUUGGGUGUCCCGGGGGCUUUGCUGGGCGCUCCUUUGGAAGAAGAGGGCUCUGUGUCUUCACACUGGGAGUCCAGGUUAUUCCAGGGCUCUGUGAUGACGGCUACCUUCGAAGGUGCCCAGCGCAGUCGACUUGACCCAGUAACGCUGGCUGCCUUUGAAGAUUCAGGCUGGUAUCGAGUCAACUACAGCGCUGCAGAGCAGCUAUUGUGGGGUCAGGGCUCUGGUGUAGGAUUUGGCCUGGUGAGCACAUGCAGGAAUGGGUCCUCAGACUUCUUCUGCACCCGCAGUGGGCUGGGCUGCCACUACCUGCACCUGGACAAGGGAAGCUGCUCCUCAGACCCAACGCUAGAAGGCUGCCGCAUGUACAAACCCUUAGCCAGUGGGAGUGAGUGCUGGAAGGUGGAGAACGGACUCCUUGCCGGAGCAAAGAACCCCCACGGGGAGAUCUACCAUCCCUACAGCCGAUGCUUCCUUGCCAACCUCACCUCCCAAGUGCUCUCCGAAGACAAGGGCAGCCAGCUCUCGGUAACUCCCACGGGCCGUUGCUAUCUACAUCAAUGCACACACAAGGGAGCAUACAAAGUACAAGUGGAGGGAUCACCUUGGAUACCUUGUCUUCCGGGAAAGGCUAUUCAGAUACCUGGAUACAAUGGUCUUCUCUACUGUCCCCAAGGCCGGCUAUGCAUGAGUAACGAAGUUACCAGUGCCAUCACUUCUCCACCGAGGAGUUUUUCAACCCCAAACUUGCUAUUCCAGCUGUCUUUAGGGUUAGCUGGGACCCCAGGCUACUCUCUGGGGAAAGAACAGAGAGAAGAGCUGGCUGAGGUGGUUCUGCAGGCUCUGGUGACAAGAGGUGGCACUAGCAGGUGCUAUUUUCACAGCCCAGCCAUCACCUCGAGUCUGGUGUUCACUGUGAGUAUGUGGAAGUCUCCAGGCUGCCAAGGGCCUUCCGUUGCUACACUGUACAGGACCCUGACUUUGACUCUUCAGGAGAAACCCCUCCAAGUACACUAUGAAGAAGCCAUCUUUACCACAGAAUACAGCAAGCUGUUGACUUCCUUGGACCAUAACCUCUCUGUGACUGACCAACUUCUACCCACGGGAUUCUGCCUACUGUUGCUAAUUCUGGUGGGUGCAUUGGGAACUAUGGCUUAUCAGAAACGAGCUACACUCCAAGUGGGACCAUCUACCACUUAA